AUGUCAAUUGAGGCCUCAGUGACCUUCACUGCCAUGGAGCCUAAAACUAUGAGCCGGAUGUUCACCGGUGAGCUCAGCCCCGAUCGUGAUUUCUUCAUCUAUAGCCGCCAUUUCAACCAUCCUCAAUCUCGGCCGCCAGAUGGCUACCCUAGAGUCUACCGAGGUGACGUACUGCACCUCCAGCGUAUGGAAUUCCUAUCCAAUGUUGCUGUAGGUGAUGGUCCUCUUGUUGCAUUUGGUGCUUCAGAUGGUGUUAUUAGAGUUCUUUCAAUGAUAACAUGGAAGUUGUUUCAGAAUCAGAUUUUUACCUUCGCAGAUUGUGGGGUGUUCCUAGUGAGGUCUUGGCUCGUGAUAGGCUAUUGGGCUCAUAUAAGUAUAAAAUCGACAAUUGAAUGGUACAAGAAGGCAAUCGCUGACAAUUCAAACUCAGGUUGCAUCAUAGAGGUCAACUCUCAACAAUACUACCAGAAGGAAGCAACAAAGUUACGACACCAAAUACAGAUUCUACAGAAUGCAAACAGGCACUUGGCAGGAGAAGGUUUAAGUUCUUUAACCAUAAAGGAACUCAAGCAACUUGAAAGCAGACUAGAAAGAGGAAUUGCACGUAUCAGAUCAAAGAAGUUAUCUUGUCAUGUAGGCACAAGAGCAUUUUAUCCAUUUCAGAAGGCUAUACAAGAGAGAAACUUCAUUGAGGAAAGGUUCUUCCUUUGCAUCCAUGAUGGAGUUCAUGGCCAGGAAUCAUCUUCGAGACUACAUGCUGCAAAAUGCAUGAAUUCUCUUGUUGUGGAAACCCCCGAUGAUCAUGGUUCCUAUGAUUCAUCCAUAUAUUAUUCAACAAUGAUUCAUCCAUAUUGUCUCCAAUCAACAAUGGUUCUGCUACUCAACAGGCGUCCAAAAUAAUUGAAGAA